AUGGCAGUUAGGUUCCUCAAAUGGAAAUUUCUGGGUGAAGAUCCUGACAACCAUGACAGGGAGGAUGAAUUUAGAGAUUUGGCCAGGUUAAAUGGUUUUCUCUCGCUAAAAGUUGAGCAUGAAGGGUCACCUGUAAGUGUAAGUGGAGAUGGUAGUGAUGCUUCCCAAGUGGGUGGGGGUCAUGGGCACUCGGUGCCUAUGGUAGAAGCAGGGGUCGUCCACGUGGAAGGGGUUGUGCUCAAUAGGACUAAGCACCCCGGGAACAAACUAUUUUCUCUUCUCAGCGUUUUUGUUUAUGAUGAUGUUGCACUGCAUGCCCGGCUUUAUGUAGCCUACAUGGGCUCUACUCCGUCAAAAGGCUAUGGGAACUCCCUCAAAGCAGCUAUUCCUAUGUACCUUGGAAUGCUAAAAUCUGUACACGGAAGUGACGAGGAAGCUAAGAUAUCUUUGAGGCAUAGUUAUGGUAAGAGUUUUCGUGGGUUUGCAGCUAUGCUUUCUCAAUCUCAUGCCCAAAAACUAUCAGAUAUGCAUGGUGUGGUUUCGGUGUUUGAGAGCAAGAAGCUGCAUCUCUUGACUACUAGAUCGUGGGAUUUCAUCGGUUUCCCUGCAUCUGCUCAAACAUAUCAUUUAGAUUAUCAGAGCGACAUCAUCAUUGGUGUUCUGGACACUGGAAUAUGGCCAGAAUCAGAGAGUUUUAGCGACGCAGGAUUAGGUCCUGUUUCCCCCAAAUGGAGGGGUGGCUGCAACACAACAUCUGGUUUUCCUGCCUGCAACAGGAAACUUGUAGGGGCAAAGUUCUAUCGUAGCUCCAGCAAACGACCAGAUCCCACGGAAUACAUAUCUCCAAGAGAUGGAAACGGCCAUGGAACACACACCUCCUCUACAGCUGCUGGAAAUUUUAUUAAAAAUGCAAGCCUUUAUGGUCUUGCUCCAGGGGAAAGUCGAGGUGGAGUCCCUGGUGCAAGGGUUGCUGCAUACAAGAUUUGUUGGGAUUAUGGUUGUGAGGAUGCAGAUCUUCUUGCAGCCUUUGAUGAUGCUAUCUAUGAUGGCGUCGACAUUAUUUCUUUGUCAGUUGGACCGGACAAAGUUUUGCCCUACUUUCAAGAUUCCAUUGCCAUUGGAGCAUUUCAUGCAAUGAAGAGGGGAAUUCUGGUAUCUAAUUCUGCUGGAAAUAGUGGACCUGGUAUACCAUCUGUUAUAAAUAAUUCUCCUUGGUCUCUAACCGUGGCAGCAAGUACCAUUGAUCGCAAGAUGGAGACUCAAAUUCUUCUCGGAAACAAGAUUCACAUAACGGGGAUUGCUGUAAACACAUACACGAUGGAGAAAUGGUAUCCUUUGAUAUAUGGAGGGGAUGUUGCUAAUGUUUCUGGGGGUUUCAAUUCAUCUCAAUCCAGCUCUCCGGUUGCAAAAAUUCAAAAAACUGAUAAUGCCAAAGCAUUUGCACCAAUAGUGGCUUCAUUCUCAUCUCGAGGUUACAAUCCAAUCACGUUGGAUAUUCUCAAGCCAGAUAUCACUGCACCAGGUGUGGACAUCUUGGCGUCUUGGUCCAAAAAUGUAUCGCUGACUGGCUUUCCAGAAGACACAAGGUUUUCAAAUUUUAAUAUAAUUUCAGGAACAUCUAUGUCUUGCCCUCACGCUUCAGGAGCUGCAGGGUUUGUUAAAUCUUAUCAUCAGGAUUGGUCCCCUGCCGCUAUUAAAUCAGCUCUUAUGACUACAGCAUUAGUAUUGGAUCCAAAGUUGCCAGGGAAUGGUGAUGCAGAACUUGGUUAUGGGGCUGGGCAGAUCAAUCCAAUGAAGGCAAUCGAUCCAGGGCUUGUUUAUGAUGCAGGUGUAAAUGAUUACAUCAAUAUGCUUUGUAUGGACGAAGCAUACAAUGAUACCACUUUGCGUUUGGUGACAGGAGACUAUAGCAGUUGUGCUAAUAUAACACUAGUUAAAAAUGGAGCACGAGAGCUAAACUAUCCUUCAAUAAUGGUUUUUACUGCUCCAAGAAGAUCAUUUCAAGCUGAAUUCCCGAGAACUGUUACAAAUGUAGGAGUUGCAAAAAGUACAUACAAUGCUAUUGUUACUCCACCUUCAGGAAUCAAAGUGACAGUGAAACCAAAGAAAUUAUCAUUUUCAUCAUUAAACCAAAAGUUGUCGUAUACUGUUAGAGUUGAAGGUGCAUCCCUAGUUAACAACACAUUGCUUUCGGGUGCCUUAAUAUGGAGUUAUGGGAAAUACGCUGUGAGAAGCCCAAUAAGUGUGUUUGCUCACUCAGUGUAG